ACUUUCGUCCCAAGCGCUCUACUUUCAGUGAAGCCAAACACCAUGGACGAAGAAGAAAACACAGUCGACAUAGACUUCCCUCUCUUCAAACCAUUCAGACCCAAGACCCCAAAACCCUCCCAAACCUCUAACCCUAACCCUACUCCUACGCCAGACCCCUCCAGCACUGAAACCGAAAUCGAAAAAUCCACAAACCCUAACACUGACUCCGCCGCCAAAUUCUCCGACCUGGGGCUCGCCGACUGGGUCCUGAGAACAUGUACCGAGCUCGGUAUGCGGAAGCCCACGGCGGUCCAGACCCACUGUAUCCCCAAAAUCCUGGCGGGACGGGACGUCCUGGGCCUUGCCCAGACCGGCAGUGGCAAAACGGCGGCGUUUGCGCUGCCGAUACUGCAGCGGCUCGCCGAGGACCCUUUCGGGGUUUUCGCGCUGGUGAUCACUCCGACUCGGGAGCUGGCGUACCAGCUGGCUGAGCAGUUCAGGGGUCUGGGGUCGUCUCUGCACUUGCGGUGCUCUGUGAUUGUGGGAGGCAUGGAUAUGUUGACCCAAGCUCAGAGCUUGAUGGCUAGACCGCAUGUGGUGAUUGCCACGCCGGGAAGGGUUAAGGUCUUGCUUCAGCAGAAUCCGGAUAUUCCUCUUGUGUUCUCCAACACCAAGUUCCUAGUUCUUGAUGAAGCAGAUAGAGUAUUGGAUGCUGGCUUUGAAGAGGAGUUGAGAGUGGUGUUUCAGUGCUUGCCAAAGAGUCGGCAAACUCUGUUAUUUUCUGCAACAAUGACGAGUGACCUCCAAACGCUGAUUGAACUUUCUGAAAAUAAGGCAUACUUCUACGAGGCAUAUGAAGGUUUCAAGACAGUUGACACUCUUAAGCAGGAAUAUGUUUUCAUAUCCCAAAAUGUGAAGGAUGUGUAUCUGGUAUACAUUUUGUCUAAACUUGAGGAUAUGGGUGUUCGCUCUGCCAUUAUUUUUGUCUCAACCUGCAGAAGUUGUCACCUUUUGAGUUUGUUAUUGGAGGAGCUUGAUCAAAGAGUUUCAGCAUUGCAUUCAUUCAAAGCUCAGUCUCUAAGACUUGCUGCAUUACAUCGAUUCAAAUCUGGACAGGUUCCUGUGUUGCUCGCAACUGAUGUUGCCAGUCGUGGUCUGGACAUUCCUACAGUUGACCUAGUAAUCAAUUACGACAUUCCGAGGUAUCCAAGGGAUUAUGUUCACCGCGUGGGGCGUACUGCAAGAGCAGGCAGAGGAGGAUUAGCUAUCAGCCUUGUUACUCAAAAUGAUGUAAAGCUCAUUCAUAAAAUAGAAGAUGUUGUUGGGAAACAAAUGGAGAAAUUUGAGUGCAAGGAGGAUGAGGUUCUUGCUGAUAUUACCAAGAUUUACAAGGCUAGGCGUGUUGCAGCGAUGAAGAUGGUGGAUGAUGGGUUUGAAGAGAAAGAGAAAGAACGGAAAAAACAAAAACUAAAUACCCUAGCAGAGAAAGGUUUAUUGAAGAAAAGGAGUCUGAAGAGGAGAAGAGAAAAAUCUGCUAAAUAAGUGGCUCCACCUUUCGUCCUCUGCGCUCUCUGCAUAUGGAUUAUAGAGCUUUCCUGGUUCAAGUCUACAACAAGAUCUUUGGCCAUGCAACAUGAAAUGCCAAUUGUAUCAUUUUUUGUAGUAUAGGCGGUUAAUACAAGAAUAUAAUAUCUAUUUUUCAUCUUACUAUUUUGUUUUUGUUAAUUGUGUCAAGCUUAUGAAUGAAAUCUUCUUCCCAAAAAAAA